GUUUUUCAUUGCGCCGAAUGAUCCGAGGCUGCUGAGUACGAUUCAGAAGAUCAUGGAGCCGCCGGGUAAAGGCGGGCUGAACGUGGCCAACAUGGUCUCCCGAUAUGAUACGAGUAAGGUGGACGAUGGUUAGUGGGAGUCUUUUCCAUCUGUUCGUGACGCUACCAAUAACGUUUCUGACAGCCGUUCUAGGUGUGGGUGGUGAUGAGGGCGCGUUCCUCAUGGUGACCUUUUGGCUUGUUGAAGCUAUGAUGCGUGCAUCCCGGUCGAAGGCAUAUCUCCCCCACGACCCCUUCUUCCAGCAGCUGCGCAAGACAGCCACGUCAAACUUCGACAGCGCCCUUUCCUUUGCCAAUCACCUGGGCAUGUUCUCGGAGGAGGUUGCCUCGUCCGGGGAGCAGAUCGGAAAUAUGCCCCAGGCUUUUAGCCAUCUUGCCUGUGUCAGUGCGGCGAUGAAUCUGGGGGGAGAUCGCUGAGAUGGCGGGCUCGGACCCUGUUGUGGGGUUAUAUUUCGUGGCGUUGGUAUGGGGUGCUUGGCUAUUGUUAUCUUGCUUGGUUGAACAGGGUAUGCAACCAGUGAAUAUAGCUGAAUAUGGAAUAGGGUGCUAGAAUCAAUGGACAAACCUUCUGCUCAAGGAUCACUCCUCCAUAAAAUGACCCCGAAUAUAGGACGAACUUGAUAGUCGUGGCGUAA